CUGAAAAGACAAAGGAAAAAUAAUCGGUUUUCAGCGUGGGCUAAAAUGUAGGUAAUGUUUUUGUCUUAAAGCUUUCACAAGAUGUACUUAUUUUAUCACUGUGGCAGGAAACUGAGGCUUUGGUUUAAUGAAGCAUUUCUUUGAAGUCAUGCUGAGUGACUGUGCUGCACAUCUGCCUGUCUGCACGGGGCAGGCCACUCCAGCUUCCUUUUCUGAGACAGCCCCAAGAGAGCUGCGUGUUCCCCAGAACCUCAUCAGCUGAAGAUGAAAGCAAGGUGGCUCUUCUCUCUCUUUUGCUUGCUCUCAGUGCCCAGUGUCACAGGCCAGACUGCAGAUGUCAUUACCCAGACAGAAGUGGUGCAUGCUCUGCCAGGUACUGAUGUGACCCUGGUGUGCAUGUUCCCAAAACUGCACAGCACCCACAUCAUCCAGACACAGUGGUCCAAGACUGGUCCAAGCUCCUCUGCCAAAAUAGCUGUGUAUCACCCCACCUAUGGCACCCAUUACUUCAAUUUUUCUGAAGCUCCUUACAACUUUUCGGUGUCCUUCAGCACAAGGAGGUGCUGCAGUGGGGAUGGCACAGGGUCCUUGUGUUCCACCAACCCAAAUGCCACAUCUGAAUGCAAUUGGUGGGCUCUGCAUCUGGAAAAUGUCACUGUGUCCCUUAGUGGGCAGUACGAGUGCACUUUUGCCACUUAUCCAUAUGGGACAAAGGCUGCAAAAAUUCAACUUACUGUCAAGGCAGAAGAGGAGAGGCACUACCUGAAGAAAGUGUGGUUAAAGCAGACUUUAGAAAUCCCAUGCCUUGGGGACACGACCUCAGAAAAUUUGUCCACUUAUCCUUUGAAAUGGCUAGUGGGUGAAAAUGGGAGGAAAGAGGAGCUUGUGACCAAGGAGCCCUCCUGUCCUGCUGUGUACAGGAACAGCAGCUUGCUGCCUGGGCAAAGAGUCCUCCUGGGUUUGAACAACACCCUACAGGUUUUCCCCACCAAACUCACUGAUGAUGGCAGAGUCUUUUCCUGCCAGGUGCUGCACCACCCAGAGAGGGUCCAGGAGAGCAGCACCACUGUGAGAGUGUUUGCUUUUCCUGAGAUCUCCAUCAGCCUGCAGGAGGGCUCAGCCAGCACCUUGCAGAAGCCCAGUGUGAGCUGUGUGGUGAGGAAGGCGUUUCCCAAGCCAAGGCUCCUGUGGUACAUGGACAGAGCAACCCUGACAGAGCAGCCUGCAGAAAUUUCUGUGGCACAAGAAGACUUGCAAGACAGUGAAGGUUUCUAUGAGUUGAGAUCAACGCUGAUGCUGCAAGGGACCCACGAGACACAUAAGACAUUCUCGUGUGUGUGUCUGUUUCCCUCCCCAGGAAAUGAAACAAGGAAUAUCUCAUCAGAAGAAAUACUUGUUUCCUUUGACAAUAAGUCUAAUGAAGCCUCAGCAGAAGUUUUUACUACCACAGCUUCAGAUGACUUCAGCAAUUCAACACUUACAUCAGCUCUCACAACAGCCUCAGAGCACCAGUCGACAUCUGUGACCUCUCUGGAUUUCACAAGUCAAGCAAAUUUGGCUCCUGCUUCCACAGCACAAGGGAACCUGUCCUACAGCAUCACAGACCAGACAAUUUCAGUUUCCAGAGGAAAAGACUUCUUUCCUACCAGCAGCCUGCUGAACAGUACUGGUGACAGGAGGAACACCAAAGCCAGUCGCUUCCCCUGGCCAGCAGUGGUGGCUGUCCUGCUCCUCUGCUGCAGCUUUCUGGUAGCCUUAGGCAUCAGGAAAUGGUGCCAGUACCAGAAAGAGAUAAUGAACAGACCUCCAUCGUUCAAGCCACCACCACCUCCAAUCAAGUACACCUCCAUGGUAGAGCCUGAUGGGGCCCCCCCAUCCUGCCACGAGCUGGAGAGCCUGUAACACCACUGCACCCCUUGUGCAGCACACAGAGGACUGGCACAGCUAAAAGGCUCAGACUUUUAUGGUUAAUGAUCCAUAUUACAAUUCAGAGCUCCUACAUGACAUUAAUUUUGGAAGCUGAGCACUCCUUGGGACACUCCGUGUAUCUCUGUGUGUGCACUACGUUAACAGUGUCACUGGGAGAUUACAUGUGCUUCAUUUGAAUUGGGUGAUCAGCUGGGGAUUUGCCUCUUGUCCAUGGCAGCAGAUUAACACAUCACUCUGCCUGACUGAAGAGUCUUGAAGCUUGUCCAUCUAUUAAAUGUACAGAGAUGGCAGCUCUGCUGUAUUGACACCAUGGUUACACAGGAAACAGUGGAUGGACACAAGAUUUUGAGACCUACACGAGCUGUUCUUGCAAUUUUUUAUUCUUACUGUGGACUAACAUAGCCCAACAUAAAAUUUUCUAUCGUUGUGAAACCAAAAGAAAGAAUCAGCACCAUACACAGAAAGAAAAUCACCUGCAUCUCUUGGCACAGGAUUGCAGCACUGGAUCAUGGAGGGUGGCUGGUGAGAUGAAAGAUCAUGGUCUGGUGCAAGUGUAUGCAAAGAAAUCCCAGCUGUCACUGGUGAAGUCACAAGAAAGUCAAUUUUGGGCCAGAGACUUUAGGACUGAAGCAAGCCUAAAAUUAAUGGAAAAUUCUAGUCCUUUUGCAAGUGCUAUACCUUUGAAAUACUGCUUACUUUAAAGUCUGCUUUUCAUGAAUUACAUUUACAGUAUAUGUGAAGAAAAAAAAAUUUAAUCAUUUUCUUUUUCUUUGGUCUUAAUGAGCUUCCAUCAUUUGCUAUUUUCACAUUUUCCAAGACCUCAGGGAUAGUUUCCCAGGUGGCUUAAGCCUGUGAAAGAGAUCAUCCAGUCUUCCCCCUGUCGUCCCAAGCUACAAAUUUCCUCAUAUUGGACUAAUGAAUAAAUGAUGGUGCAGAGGGUGGGCUGGGCUUGGCCCUCUGCACAGUUCUCAGCCAGGUCAGCAGCUGUGUGGUCACCAGUGCAAGGCACCAGAGGUGCAGAGGAGCACUGCUUUUGGCAGCAAUUACAGUACCUUCAGGCAGCCAAGAAACCAGCCCUCUAAGCUCGUUUGGAAAUGUAUUGUUACCACAAUGGUACUUCUGUAAUUAAUGCAAAUCAGCUAAAAUUCAAUCAUGUCAGGCUUAAAAUUGAUAUUCUGAUUUAGGAAAGGGAUUUGCUUUAUUUACUGCUAAACACUGGUCGAUGAGUGUCAGGGUUCAGAGCACUGUAUUUCCCAGGACUUUAGAUUAAAUGAAUGGCUUACUGGAAAGAAUGAUCUAACAGACCUUUUUAGAGUAUUUCGUUAUAUUAUUUAUGUUAUAGCACAAGCAGUUCUAAAUCCAUCAUCUGUGCUGACCAGAAAACACUUUGCUUCCUGCAAAACUAUACCGACCUUCAGCGCACGGAAGGGUCAAUGUUAACUUGAGCAUUUCUUGUUUGUGUUGUAGAAGCACAGUAGUUUAACUUUCGUCAUACUAUCCACCGCUGGAAAAAAAAAAAAAAAAAAAAAAAAAAAAAAAAAAAAAAAAAAAAAAAGAAAGAACAACAAUCCUGGCUGGGCGCUUCCAGCCUCUCCCGAGGGUUUUCCUCUCGCAUCCCUCGCCCGCGCUGCCGCCGCUCACCAGCAGGUGGCGCCGCAGCACCGCGCCCGGCGGCCGCUCCCGCCCCGUCCGUCCCCGUUCCCUUCCCUCCCGUCCUUCCCUUC